AUGUUUCCAUCACUGUCCAAGACUUGCCACAAUCAAGAAACUCUGCCUCCCUGCCCAGAAUGUGAAUACCAAGAGACUACAAAGCGUGGGGUCGUCAAAACUUGUCUUGAUUGCUUCCGGAGGGAUGGCAAAAAGCUCCGAUCCCUUCACCUUUACGAAUACAGGAGGCCACUAUUAGGGUUUAAGCUUACAAGGCGAGGAACUUGCACCACGCUACUCGAUACCAAAUUGCCCCAACAAGUCGUCGAUAAGGCUUGCAAGCUCCAUGCCAAUAAUGCUUUUGGCGACUACAGCCUCAUCGACAACAAUUGCGAGCAUUUCGCCACAUUUUGCUGGACCGGCAUUCGUGCAAGCGAGCAGAUGGCAAUUGUCAAUGAUUAUGUGCGGAAAUUUAAGGAAGCCAAAGAGAGGUUGCUGCAGAGAAACUGA